GUUUUCAGACAAGAAAGAAAGGCUGAUGCAUCUUAAAACCAAACAGAGAGAAUUCCAAAAACAUGUGUUUGAAGUUGUUUGUGCCCUAGAGUUGCUGAAUGUUCUUUUUCAGAGAUGGAAAAUAAUGUCUUGCAAGAUGAGGAUCGAGCAGCUGAAACAGACCAUUUGUAAAGAAAAUGAUGAAAUGACAAGACAUGCGGAGGGGCUCCUGAGAAUUAAAGAGGAAAACCAGAAGCAUUAUCGCAGGGCGCAGCGGCAUCAGGAGAAGAAAGAGAAGAUCCAGAGGCAUAACCGCAAGCUGGGAGACUUGGUAGAGAAAAAAACCUAUGACUUGAAAACCCAGUAUGAGCAUCUGGCAAAUCUUCGUCGGACGCAUAUCCUGGAGCUAACAUCAGUCAUAUUUCCCAUUGAAGAAGUAAAGACAAGCAUGAGAGAUCCUGCAGAUGUGUCUGCUGAGAGCGACAAUGCUAUGACCUCUAGCACUGUGAGCAAGCUCGCGGAAGCCAGGAGAACCACGUAUCUCUCUGGGAGAUGGGUGUGUGAUGAUCAUAAUGGGGACACCAGCAUCAGUAUCACAGGGCCUUGGAUAACCCUUCCUAAUAAUGGAGACUAUUCAGCGUAUUACAACUGGGUGGAAGAGAAGAAGACUACGCAAGGACCAGAUAUGGAACAUAAUAACCCUGCUUAUACCAUCAGUGCUGCAUUGUGCUAUGCAACUCAGCUUGUUAACACUUUGUCUCUAAUACUUGAUGUAAAUCUUCCCAAGAAGCUCUGCAACAGUGAGUUCUGUGGAGAGAAUCUCAGCAGACACAGGUUCACACGGGCAGUGAAGAAGCUGAAUGCUAAUAUCCUUCACCUUUGCUUCUCUCAGCAUGUAAAUUUAGAUCUGUUGCACCCACUGCAUACGCUCAGGAACCUUAUGUACCUGGUCAGCCCAGACACUGAGAACUUGGGCAGGUCUGGGCCUUUCGAAAUCAGCGCUGAUCUCGAAGACUCCAUGGAGUUUGUGGAUCCCAGUGCCACCGGUGAAACAGAUGAGAGCGGAGAUGAGCACAUCAGUGAUGAAGAGACAGACCUAGGGACAGAUUGGGAGAAUCUGCCAAGCCCCAGGUUCUGCGAUAUCCCCUCUCAGCAGGUGGAGAUGCUGCAGAGCCAGAGCACGCAGGUAUCUCAGCCCAUUGCCAGCAGCAGCGCUGGUGGAAUGAUCUCGUCCGCUGCUGCCUCGGUGACCUCGUGGCUGAAGGCGUACACUGGACAUCGCUAA